AAAAAAAUGUCCCGGACGUCGUUCGACGAUGCGGUGGCCACCAUGGCAUACGACGAAAUCGUCCAGAGCAUGCGUCGCCACUGGGACGACAGGCACGUCAUUGUGGAAGGUUUGAUGGCGCUUCAGCAAUGUAUCGAUCGAAAGGGCGGGGAUGACGAUGCCAAAAAGUUGGGUGUGGCUGGAGCAUGCGAAGUUGUUCUCGACGCCAUGGCGUCCACCAUGCAAAGCGAAGAAGUGCAGCUCUACGGCAGCCAGGCUUUUCGCUUCUUGGCACGGGCGCCGCGGAAUAUUUUGCGCUUGGAAACGAAACGAGGGCUCGAUCAACUCAUGCAGACCUUGAUUCACUACAUGGCAGUUCCUCGUGUCGUUCGAGAGGUCCUGUGGGCGCUGGCCACUCUCGUCGCGGCCAGCCAACCCUCUGGUCUGCGCUUCCUGGAGACUUUGGACGGCGCCCAACUCGUCCUCAAGACGCUCCAACGACACCAGGGCAACUUGGAUAUUCAGCACCAUGGAUGUCAGUGUGUUCUGUCGAUAGCCAUACGAUUUCGAUCGCGAUUUCGAGAGGACGCGGUCGUGGGCCUUGGCAGCCACAUGAUCGGGUUGCUCGUGCGGGGCAACGUGCCCCAGUCCCUCGUCGUGAUCUGCCUCAAGUUUAUCACUGCCGUCACCGAUAAAGAGUCGGCCGCACAUUUGUUUGCCGACGCUGCCUGGUUUCGUUGCGUGUUCAUCGCGCACGUAGACGAUGACGUUGUCGUCGAUGAAGUCGUGUUUCUGUACAUGUCGCUGUGCCACGUGUCGCCGGCGCAUGCGGUUGAGUUGUCCGCGGGCGGCGGUCUGGAAUGCGUCCACGAAGCGAUCGUGACAUAUCACGGCCAACGAAAGGAAUGCACGGUGUACCAGUUGCUGCGCCUGGUGCAUCACGUGUUGGCGCUGUCCGCCACCCACGACGCCCUCGUGCCCACGGUGCUCGAGUGCCAAUCGAGUUUCAUGGCGCAUGCCAAGAUCCAGAUCGAAAUAUGCUGCAUCGUGCGGCUGGCGUUGCCGUCGGCGCCGACACACCUGUGGACGACACAACUGAAUAUGUUGGACACCGUGGCGCGAUGCCAUCCGACCGACUCGAUCUUGCAACGAGAGUGCAAGUACGCGAGAGCCGCAUUGUUGCUGGCCAUCCAAACGGAUGGCGGACACCGGUUCGAUUAAAGAGCAAAACUAUGGAUGUCGUCCAAGUGAUUCAAAUCCUUGACGUCCACCCGUGUGUUGGACGCUGUGAAGAUCUGGAUGUCGCUAAGCCGGACAUCGUCCGGCACAGUAGCCGGGGUCAUGCAUCCGACGGGUUCGGUCGAUGUGGACGAUGCCACGGCCUUCACCACGUCAUUCCGCAGCUGGCCAUCGUCCGAGCUCUUCCGCCACGAGGGGUGUGCCGGCGAUGUCGUCCCUUUACUGUUGUUGUCCCGGCACUCGUCGCUGGAGGAUGGAGUCGAUACCUGUUGGCCACCCAUUCGUUCAAAAUCCAUCGAUUCGUGUGGUAGGUACCAAGAGGCUGUCCAUCUUGGCUUGUAGCGCGGCAAUGUCGUUCGGGUUGAGAUUGUCCAGGGAUUCUUUCGAGAAGAAUGAACCGACGCUCUCGCGAGUCUUGGAUCGACGCGCCAGGACCUCCACCUGCGACGCGCGCAGAUCGUCGUGCAGUGAAACGCGGCCUUCAGACGACCGCCGCACGUUCGAACCCCUCUGAAUCACAUCUCCACGUCAGCAUCAACUCAUGAAAGGUAUGCACACACCACGAUCGAUACGCCC